CAUUUGCUUAAUUCAUUUAUUCCUUUGCCACCACACUGUCUUAUUGAAUUGAAAAUGUUUAAAAAAUGGAUUAGAGUAUGUUAUAAUAGUUGAUAUGGGAGAAGUGUAAGUAUUUAUGGAGAAUUAAGGCAAAGUUUGUUUGUGAGGCACCUCAGAGAAAGGACCAAUCAGGAGCGAGAAGCUGGCGGCAUCAGUCGGGAGAGGAGCGCAGUCAACGCCAACUGCAGCGGGAAUUACAAUGUUCCCUCAUAUAUCGUGAUAUUAAUGUGUGGCAAGAUGGCAGAGGAGCUUCUCUCCUUAAAGUGGAAUAACCACCAGGCACACUUUGUGGACAUCCUCACUUUCCUGCGGGAACAGGAAAUAUUUGUGGAUGCCACAUUGGCCUGUGGUGGGAAGCUUUAUGCAGCACAUAAAUUUGUUCUCAGUACCUGUAGUGACUAUUUCAAGCAGAUGUUUACAAAAAAUCCUAGUAAACAUCCUAUAGUGUUUAUGAAAGAUGUGACAUCACGUGAUCUAGAAGCACUCUUGGACUUCAUGUAUAAUGGUGAAGUGAAUGUUCCUCAGUCUAGUCUAGGAUCUUUAAUUAAAACAGCAGAAGGACUACAGAUAAAAGGUUUAGCAGUGCCUGAUGAUCCACCUGCUCCUAAAAGAGAACGAGAUAGAGAACGAGAUAAAAGAGAAAGCAAAACACAUUUGGAACACCUUAGUCCCCCUGCCAAAAGACCAAGACCAAGAGAAAGAUCUCCUCCUCAUUCAUCUCCAUCCCAACCUACAGUUUCACACCCAUUAUCUUCACACACCUCAACCACACCUUCAGUGUCCAGAUCUCGAUCCCCAUUACCCCCAGUCCCCUCCGUUGGUGCUUCUCAAGUUGCUAUGCCCCCAGUGGAAGCUACUUUAGAUGAAGACAGUAGAACAAGUAUUCAAAGUGGUAUCAGUGGACUCAGUGAACAAAAUUCAAGCACAACACCUAGUCUAAGUUCCAAACAAGGCAGCAGUCAACCUCAAAUGAACACUGGUGAGGUCACCUCUCAUACAGACCAGUUACCACACAGUCAUACUGGAGAAGAACCCUCCCCUGGACCCUCGGGGCUCCAUAAACCGCAGUCAAAAGAAGAACCAGAAUUUGAAAUUAAACAAGAAGAUGUGGUAGACCUAGGUGAAGAUGAUGAAGGGGAUUGGGGUGUAGAAGGGGAUGGGGGAGGGGGUGACUCCUCUGUUGGGUCAGAAAACCCCCCCAAUUUCCCUGAAGUCAUGUUACCCCACACAGAUGGCUCCAUGCCCCCCACUGGAGACCCAGCAAUGAUGGACUGCGAACCUUUACGAUUUAGUCUCCGAUGUCGAUGUUGUGACAAGUCCUUCAGUAACCGUUCCAACCUUCAGCGUCACCUUGCGUCACAAGCUAACUACCGGCCGUACUCCUGUCCAGUGUGCACUAAGGCCUUUGCCCGAAAGGACGUGUUGAAGCGGCACGUGCUGAAGCAUAAUCUGUCCCAGUCCCUUCACGCCAUACUGACAGAGCCACCGGGAAUGGUGUCCCUCAGCCCUCCAUAUUAGCUCAUGUGCUCUUCACACUUCCUCUCAUAUAUUUAAUAUUUACAGCUUAUUCUCUUUAAUUUAGUGUCAUUAUGAUUUUGCCCUUACAAGCUCAGUAAUUUUAACUUCCCAUAAUGUAAAAUCAUUCUCAUGUUACUAUUUAUUUCUAAGCUAAUUAGGGCAAUUACUUGACUAGGUUCAUCCAAAUCCCCCAAAAAAUAUUUAUACUGUGAGUCUAGUUUUUCAAAGUUUCCUCCAUAUAUUUUUCUAUAUAAAAGAAGUGUAAAGGGCCUAGUUAAAGUAAUUAUCUCUUGGUAAGGAAACUUAUGUCAAUUUAUUUCAUGACAAGAUGAGUAAGUAUAUCCUAAUGAAUUAAUAGGAAAACUUAGCAUGAGUUUUGUUAGGUUGAGAAAAAUUCCAAGUUGAGUAUUGUGUUCUCAACUGUGUGACCCCAGGUUCAAUUCUCAGUAGUACAAACAAACACUGGACGGAGUUCCUCUUUUUUAUUUACUUAGUAACAAAUGUGUGUUAUGGAUUACCAUUUCAGGAAUGGCAUCAAAAAGUUUACCACAAAGAUGUCAGGGUGUACAGUACAGUACAGUAUAAUGAACCUCCUCCCAGGUGCUCCCUAUUACAGGUUGUUUGUAUAUGAUAGUUACAAUAGUGUUAAUAUCCAUCUUGUGUUGUGUGUAUCAGGACAUGGUGUGGACAGCAACUGGUAAAACUUAAACACUUUCUUUUAUCUGUCACUUCCAUAUUGAAAAUUAUCUCAUACCGUACAAGGAAUGAUGGUAAGGUUGCAACUUGUUAAAUAUUUACCAGUAUAGUACUGUGUGUGGUAGUGAUGGGCAGUAGACUUAAGCCAUGUUUUCCUGUUCCUUCUUAGACCAGUUCAGAAAAUUUCUACACCACCACAGAUUUUAAGUCCAGAGGAGAAUGAAUUUACACCGGCUUUCAUGGACAGCCUUGGAAUAGCCUUCGAGCUAGUCCAAGUUACUCCAAUAAAGACCACCAAAAUUGUGUGGCGGUAGAAUGCUGUGAUAAUGGUUUGCAUCGAGUGAGAGGGAUAAAAUUGCCACAGGAAAACACGGCUUUAGUCUUGGAUCGGCCGAAGAUUAAUCCUCAACUUAUUUUACAUGAGAUUAACCAACCCAACACUAACCUUACCCCAAGUAGCACUAAGGUGUUUAAUUGUGAGGUGAAGUAAGAUGGGGAGUAAUCUUUGGGGGAUCUCGAGUUUCUCAUGUUACUGUUAUUUUUCAUCCACACUCAGAACUAAUCAAUUUAUGAAACAAUUUCCAUGACCUUUCCCCCCAGAAACUUCCCAGCAAAUUUUUAAGGUAAAAUCAUGUUUGUGUGUCCAAGAUCCCAGCAAGAAGUACAGUGGACAAGGGCAGGAGAGGCUGUACUCACUACUUCACUCAACCACCAAACUGAGUAAUUGUUCUGGAGCAUAAAUGGGGUUUCUUAUUAACAGAUUGUACAAAUAUUGUGUGAGACAAGUCUGUCAAGCAGUAUAAAGAUUUUGCAUUUUAUUAAGUGUCUCUUGUUUGCUCAAUAAUGUCAACUAUAGACAAAAAGUAUUAAUUUCAGAUUUUACAGAGGUGAUCCCAUGCACAGGGGUUAGUAUUGGUCAAUGAAACUUAGCACACUUCAUCAUCAUAACACUGUAUGUAUUUUGUUAACAAAACACCAAAAUCAGAUUAAAUAAAGUAAUUGUAUGUCAUUGCUCAUGACCAAAGAAUUUAUCUUACAAAUGUAAUUUGCAGUUUUGGGCAAAAUCCUAUGGAAUAACUUGAACUUAACUAAAAUACCUGUAACUUGGCAGCAACAUAAUGCCACACUGUGAUCAUACUCCUCCCAGUCAACACCUCCCUCAUCCAACACAGUAUAAUAUACCAGAUAUUUUUAUUUUACACAUAUAAACAAUGUCCAGAUUUAUCCAAUCCUCCGUCACCUCGGACACACUUGCACACACUGAAAUCAAGACAAGAAAGUAAAAUGAAUAAACAGAUAAAUGGUACAGGGAGAAACCAAACAAAUUACCAUACAAAAAUACAGAACUGUACAGUACUGCACAUGACUAUUGUAUUGAGCAGAAGUACUGUACUCCAUACUGUAGUUAAGUUUGUUAGACACUUUACAUUAGAUACUUACUAUGAAUUAUGGCACAUACGUAGGUUGAGUUGUGGAUACUGUAUUAAAAAUUACAAUAAAAUAUUAGACUUGAAGAUAUCAAAAUCAACAAUGAAAUUAAAUUCUUUGACCCUUGGCAUCUCUUACACCAGAUGACGGAGGUCACCGGUCAGUAAGUUGAGUGAAAUAUCCCGAACCUGUUAUGGCGGAGUAGUCAGCAACAUAUAAUGGAAAUAAAAAUAAAAAUGUACACGUGCAGGAUAUUUAUCUCAUAUUUCUUAAGUUUACAAGGCCACUAAUAUUUAUUGGUUUCAUAUUUAACUUAUUUUUCUAUCAUGAAGUUGUAAAUGUGACAAACUAUUUUGGUGUGUCCGUGGUGUGUGUGUGUGUAUCACCGGUGCCAAGUAAUUAAUGCUUAAAUCUCAACGUCAACUCAAUGCCAAAGAUUUCUAUUUUUUUUAGAACUUUAUCUACCAUAGUUCAUCCUGCCAUGCAACUUGUAAGUUUUGAAAAUGAGCAGAAAAUAUCAUAAUGGUUAUAACAUUUAAUAUAUCCAAGCCACGGUGUGAGUAUCUUAAAACAGUGCCACGAAGGGUUGUCUUAAGAGUGUUCUGUGUACUGUGAGUGAGUUAAGGUUGUCCACGCUGCUCCCACAUUAUUGUGCUCAUGAUCCCACUAUGUGUGUUUGUCCUUUUAAUGGUUUUUAUUUAUUUAUUUAUUUUUUCAAAUACAGUUCAAUAACUUUAACUUAUUUUUAUGUGUGUUUGAAAAGGAAAACAUUGAACUCUUUAGACAAAGAUUGAUUUAUAAUAUACAGUACUGGAUAUUUGUUGUGAGUAUAACAGAUUUAUUAUGUUAUAUGUUCAUUGGGGCGUAGGAGCAAGUGUGCCACUUAUACGUACAGGAUUGAUUGUUACAUUUAAUGGUUUAUACAGUGUUGAAAAUAAUGUGUGGUUAUUUUUAGCUUGGUUUGUAUGGUGCAGACUAUUGUGGAAGGUAGAGAGGGAAGCCAUACAUACAGUACAUAAGUGGAACCAAAAAUCUUGUUUAGAAAAAACCUGGAACAAUUCCUCUACAGUAUAAAUUUAGAGCCUUUUAUGGAAAUAUGUUUUUGUCACAAUGUGUUUAUUUUAAAUGAAUAUGAACUAAAGUAUAUGUGUUUUUACGUUUACUUCUGUGUUUUGAAGUGUACAAGUAUUUUACAAACUAACUGAGAAAACUAUAUAAACCAGACAAUAUGUUCUCACACCCCACAAGAAGCCAUUACAGUAUUGUGUUUACACCGGCCAGGCGGUGCACUACAGGGAAGUCUUCAUUUCCGUUCACUUUUUUCUCAGAACGUCUAACCCAAAGGAUAAGAUUAAAAAACUGCUCAACAUAACAGAAAAUGCUACAUUUACACUGAAGGUUUAUGGUAUAGUAUAAGUUGAUAUCCUUUACUUGUAACGUAGAGAAAAUAUCUCACAAACCAGAGUGGUAAAUGGAGUUAGCUACCUCAGUUUAGGGAAGAAGGUUGUCCAGCUGUGACCUACAUUAUUAACUGUAACCUCCACUGAGAAUUGAACCAGUAUUGUUAAUAUGAAAGUACAGUAUUGUAAUCUAAAUGUAAUUGGGUUACAUCUUCUAGCAAACUGUUGUUAGCAUAAAUUAUUAUUAAUAAAACUAUUGUGUAAGAUUAAAGUCAAUUUGAUGGAGUAGACCAAUAUAAGUUGAGCCAAUGUUGGCCAGCUAAUGUCAUUUGUCACUGAAGUGUGUGAAGGGCGGGUGGUUGUGACCCCCCCACCCCCAGGUCCAGAACACAUUAACUUGGCAUCAGUGUCCUGGAGAACUUAAUGCUCAGUUACUGACUUAGCCACAGUGGCCCAUGCUCAAUAAUAACACUGUGUUAUCAUAAUAAUUUAUGUGUUACAUUUUAAGCAUUGAUUCAGUACAUGAAUGCAUCAUUUAUUUAAGGAAUAUUAAUGUAGAUUCUCUCCUGUAAAUCAGUUCCAGUGAAGUAAAUGCUCAUUCUGCAUUAUUUUCUACUCCCCUGUUUUUUGCUCAAAACUAUUUUUAUUUUAUAUUUAAGAUUGCAUGUACCAAUACUUAGAGCAUAAGAGUUGGUGCUAAGACUCCACAUGCUCGUAUGCCAUCCAUGUCAUAUUAAUUAAGGAUUAACUUUACUGAACAAUAAAAUAAGUUUUGUCUAAAAUUUGAUGACUGGGAUUAAUGAAGAAUGUCUUGA